AUGGUAUUCAAAGUUAUAACUAUCAUUGUUCCAUUUGCUGAUACUAUAUUCUCUCUUCCUCCCAAAACACAGAAAACCCUCUCCAUGGAAAAACCACCCACCAAGCGCCGCACCACCACCACUCGACAAAAAACGACCAUGAAAACCACUGACUCUCGACCAACACCCACCACUCCCACCCGUCGCUCAGCACGACAUGCAAACAUCUCUCACGAUCCAACUCCCUCUGAGCAAACUACAGAAGAAUCUCAAAACCCUAAUCUUCCUCUUCCCUCAACCCAGAUCGUCUCUGCUCCUCAACCCACCAAACCAUCCUCCUCACACGUUUCCACUCAAUCAAGCGAAGGAACCUCUCUCGUCUCCUCGUCUUUCCAAGCUUAUGACCAUCCAUCUGAAAUCUCAACAAAAGAAUUCAUCUCUGAUGAUGAUGUUCGCUCUCUCUACAAUGAAAAAUGGAGUUCACUCCCUAUUGUUGCCGGAAAAACCGUCGACUUGGAUAGUUACUCUAUAUGGGGUUACGACAUAAACGAACUCGCAAUAGCCACAGGUUGGACCAACUUUCUCCAACUCUCUGAUGUCUUCUACCCUAGACUAGUUAGAAAUUUUUUUGCUGCUAUUAAACCCUCUGAAAGUGAUACACAACUAAUCUCAUCUGUAAAGGGUCGUCAAAUAACCCUAACUCCAGAGCUCCUUUGCGACAUUUUGCAUGUCCCAAACAAUGGACUUCAUCUCUUUAAUGAUGACUGGCCCUCAUCUUAUGACCUAGACAUUGAAUCCUACAGACUCUCCAUCACCAAACAUCAAACUGACCGUUUUGUGUCUGCCAACCUUGAACCCCUCAGCCAUAUCAUUCAUAACUUCUGCAUUCACACUAUCCUUCCAAGAAAAGGCAGUAUGGAACGAAUCACUGAUAAAGACCUCCUUGUUAUCUAUCAUUUCUCAAAGAAAACUCCUCUCAAUAUAGGAUAUUUGGUGCUCAACUAUAUCAAACACACUGGUCUUAGAGCAAGAAGCGCCCCCUAUGGUAUGCUUCUUACCAAAAUAUUCAAGCACUUUAAUGUUCCUCUGGACGAUGAGGACUCCUUCGAGAUCAACAAAAUCCUGGAUGCCUCCAAGUUGAAGCGCAUGAAAAUUCCUUCACUCAAGCGUGCACCAUCACCUAAACCUGAGGCCAAAUCAAAGCGCAGGCGUCUUGUUAAGCAAUAUGCUCCAACUGAACCUUUAACAACAGGUACUGAAUCUCCUAACUCUCCAAACAGCCUGACCACAAAUUCUCCCAUUCCAUUAUCUGUGGCUCUUCCAAACACUGCUGACCUAGAAUCCCCACAAGACCCCUUACCGAUCUCUCCUCAUGCCUCUAAAUCCGUAUCUCCAAACCCAAAGGAAACAAAUAAACAAUCUCCUGUAAUCACACAAUGCAUUGACCUCACAUCUACAUCACCAAUCCCAGUAGAAUCCUCACCACAAACAGUUGUCAUCACUCAAGCUCCAGUUUCUCUCCAAACUGAAACUCUCUCAAAUGUUUCAAGUCCUCCAACCCUAGAGACUUCUAACACUGACAUGAUCAACAUUUUCGCUCUUGAAAACCUUCUCUCAAGUCCUCCUAGUGCUUCAGCUCAUCAACCACCCUCACCAAUAUCUCCUCACACUCCUGCUUCAGCUCAGCUGUCCUCACUCAUAUCCAUGCUUGAGGCUGAAUUAUUAACUCCACCCACUUCAAAUCAACAAACUUCAAUUAUUCCCCAUGUUGCCACAUACACUUCCCCUACUAUGACAACAAAUCCUCUCUCCACGACCUCACCUCUGAACUCUCCAAAUUCCUACAAAGAACCUUCUCCUAGAAGAAUUCAACUCUCCUCCAUCAAUCAUACAGACUCCAAUGAUCUCACUGCUCAGAUUGAAGCUUUUUUUAAUAACUCCGUUCAGCUAUCUGAACAAGAUGAUCCUAUAGAAUCACACGCCAUGCCUUCUGUUCCACAACCUGAUCCUUAUGUCUUCCAAACAAACUCUCCAAUAUUUUCUUCUCCAAAGGAAGAUGAUGAUAACUCCUUCAAUGUUCAAACACUGCUUGCUCCGAGGUAUGACUCAUCACCUCCUAGAAACACCACCGAUAAUUCCAAUACCCUUCCUCAGAUUCCCAUCACUUCCAUCACAUCCUCAUUUUUUAACAACUUCCCCAGCAUUGGUAAUCGUCCUCCCGUUUAUCCUCGAUCUGCAACCUCAUCUGAAACGGUUAACCCCCAUCAGGGCGUCAACCUUCGAUCCUACACAGCUCUCCAAAAGCAGUUAAUGGCUUACCAAAAAUUCUGGAUUGAUUAUGUCACUGAACAAGUAUGCCCGAGGUUUCCAGGAAUGCCUCCUCCGGAUCCCUCUCAGAUUCAGUUUCCAUUUCUGCCAUUAUCUUCUGAGGCAACAUCUGAUGAUGAACAAUCUGGUUCUUAA